AUUGGAAUGCAGGUUCUGAAUUCGGCACUUGAUUCUACAUGCGCAUUUGACAUGAGUUCGGUUGAGGUGAAGGAGAAGGUGGAAGUGACGUCGUCUCCGGUGGAUACGGUGCCACUGGUAUCGCAAGCCAAGUCGCUCUUCCAAGCUCUGGGGGGAGAUGUGAAGGGGGCAGCCCAGACGCAAGAUAACUUCACCAAGGGGUGCCCCGUCGUGUCGCAGGCAAGAUCCCUCGUGGAAAGCACGAUCCUUCGCGAUCCCGCGGCGGCGGCCAAGACCCAGAAACACUUUAUGUCGUUCUCCCUCGACCACUGCAUUGGUCUCUCCCAGGCUAAGUCCCUCGUGCAGGUCAUCUGUGGCGAUACCGCCGGCGCUCUUCAGACGCAAGACAACUUUACACGCGGCUGCGCCGUCAUCUCGCAGGCCCGCUCUCUGGUUGAAAGCACCAUCCUGCGCAACCCCGAAGAAGCGUCCAAGACCCAACAGUAUUUCUUCGGCAAGAAAAGCAAGGCGGCCGAAGCCCCACCGGACUGCCCGUUGCCCAGUCUGGAAUGCGUCGUGUGCCUCACAGGCACCAAGACCGUGCUGCUCCUGCCGUGCAAGCACCUAUGCCUGUGUCAAACGUGUUCGGCCAACGUCACCGACCUCUGUCCGCUGUGCAAAGCCCCCAUCGAAUGCAAAACCAGUGUCUUUCUCUAACUUAAUAGAUGCACAUACAUACAGUAGUA